AUGAAAAUACCUAAUAAAAUAACCUAAAAAAAAAAUUUCAAAAUAUAAAUAAUUUUUUCUUAUUUUUUUAAGGUAUAUUCGUGUAAACAAUAAACAUAAUGGAUAUUUCAGUAACAUUUAAAGGCGGAGGAUCAUUUGUAAAUUUAAAACCUGCAUUUUCAGCAACUGGGGACAAUGUUUUUGUGGCAUCCAAGAGCUCAAUUACCCAAUACAAUACAAAGACUGGGAAACAAGUGUUUGAGUACACAGGAUGGGAGAGCGAUAUUGUAGGCCUCAAUUUUAGUACCAUAAAUAAUUUAGAAUGUAUAGUAGCUUGCUCUAAAGAUGGUAAACUACUUGUAUGGUCCAUAAAAAAUAAGAUUAAAGUGGUAGAAUAUAAAAUUCCAAAAAAUACAAUUUUAUUCUUCAGUCUAUUAACUUCGAGUUUAACAAAUGGCUUGGACAUAUUAAUUGCCUACAAUACAAAGAAACGACAAAUAGGCUUUGCUGCCUUAAACACAAAAGAAUUAGAGCAGCAAAGAGUGUGUCUAAAAAUUACUAGAGAAGACUUUCAUAUAGAUGUAAGCAAGAAGAAUUUCUUUUCUGUAGUCUCCAAGAAUGUAGUUCAUUUUGCUACUUGGAACUCAGUAAACAUUAGUUUCUAUAACAUGGCUGAAAACAAUAGAAAUUUUACUUGUGUUGCAUGUCACUGUGAAGAACAAAUUGUGCUCACAGGAGAUGAUACUGGCAGAGUUAUUCUAUGGCAGAACAUUUUUAAGAAAAAAUCACAAGCCGUGUUUCAUUGGCAUACACUGCCAGUAAAAUGUAUAGCAUUUUCCACAUUGGGCAGUUAUUUUUACAGUGGAGCUGAUGAAUGUGUACUUGUAAAAUGGCAGAUUGAUAAUCCCAAUCAAAAGAAGUUUUUGCCAAGACUACCAGCAGGUCUUGUCCAAUUAGCAGUAUCAGAAAAUAAUGCAUAUGUAGCAGUUGCAACCUCUGAUAAUGCUAUAAGAAUAGUUGACUCUCAGAUGAACCAAAUCUGUGUGAUUCAAAAUUUGGUGUUGGGGAGCCACUAUGAAAGUGGAAUGAUUUAUGACCCAAUCACUAGAGCUUUAGUGAUGAAUGGGAAUGUGGGAUGCGUCCAGUUUUAUUCACCAAAUGAUAUGUCUUUGCUAUACAAUGUUGAUAUAGUCAAUCAGAAUAAAAUUACAAAUGAAAGGGAUUGUAAACUAGAAAAUACUGAUGUUAAAAAGAUUGCUUUAAGUAAAAAUGGAAAGUGGUUAGCUACUAUAGAAGAAAGAAAAGAAAAAAAAAUCUGUAAGGAAGUCAGGCUGAAAUUCUGGACUUUUAAUAGACAAAAACAGAUGUAUGAGUUAAAUACUUCAAUAGAAUAUCCUCAUGAAGCUACUAUAACAAGUAUAGCACUUCAACCAGUAACAUCAGAAGACAGUUUAAAAUGUAUUACUGUGGCGGAUGACAGAACUUUUAAAAUAUGGCAAUUAGGUGAAAUUAUAUCUGUUCAUAGAACAGGUUUAAUUUGGAAUUGCAUAAAUGUAGGAACAUUUAGGGAUAUUUCUUGUCAUGGUUUAUCAUUUUCCAUUGAUGGCUCUUUGUUUGCUGUUGGUUUUGAUGCUAUACUCACAAUAUGGGCUACAGAUGGUUGUGAAUUAAAGAGUUCCUUGAUACAUUCAAAUUUUAAGGAAAAAAUUAAUUUCAUACAAUUUGGACAAGGUAAUCAGUGCCAUCUGGUAGUGUCAGCGAGCAAAAAUCAGCUAAGUGUAUGGAAUAUUCUUUCCCUUACAAUUACUUGGGUUGUCAGUUUAAAAAAUAUUAAACUAUUAGUGUCAGAUCCGUUGUCCACUUAUAUGAUGGUUGUGUGCAAGUAUAAAAGCGAUCAAAGAACUUACAACAAAAUGAUAGUUUUUGAACCUUCUUCAUCAAAAAUUCUGUUUUCUACCAAGGAAAUUAAAGGAAUUUGUGAUAAAAUUAUAUCAGCCGCUUUUGUGCCCAGUGUCUACAGCAAUGACACUAGAUUAAAAUGGUACGAGAGGACCAAUUUAUAUUUUAUGACAAAUAAAAAUGAAUUGUACUGUAUAAGUAAAAGCGAGGAACCACGUCAAUAUAUGGAGGAUUCCAACCAAGAUUUGUCAGAAGAAAUGUCAGUGUUUAGCAAGAUGAAACCUCAUGUUGCCAUAAGUCAAGUUCAAAAAGCUUCAAAGUAUCAUCAGUUUACCAAGAAAGAAGGAGUAAUGACUUAUAGGGAGUUUCUCGAAACGCCAAUAGAAACUCUUCCUCCAAUCAGGUUAGUAGCAGCGUCCCUUCUUCAGAGUUUAGUUCUUCAGCGAAAACUAUCCACAAAUUUAUCAUUGGGUACUAAAUGAUUAUUCAUUAUUGUUUUGCUUUUUAAUAAAAAAAAGGUUUUAAUCAA